UAUUUAUCAUCAUCAACAACAUCCAAUCAGAGCAAUGCUAUCAUAAUUUUAAAAUUACAGAAACAAAAACAAGUUAACUGUUUUAGUAAAGGUUUUGAAACCAUACACAAGGGCUCAAUGUCUAGUUCCUCAUUUGAGUAACCAACAAAAAAAAGAAAAAAAUGGGUUUGUUUUCAACACAAAUGCGCCUUACAAGACCAGCAAAAACAACUUCAUUGUUUAGUCCAUCUGAAACAAUUUCAACUAAGCAAUUAUCUUUGUUCAAGAACCCCAUUGCACAAUUUAAUCCAAUAUCGUCAAAACAGAAUUCUUUCUUCAGAGGCCAAUUUUGUAUAGAAAGUUUCCACAGGGUAAGUUUGAGUCGUCGAAGGAGAAGCCGAUCUGGGAUCGUGUCAGUUCUUCCAUUAACGGAAGAAAAUGUUGAGAAAGUUUUGGAAGAAGUUCGGCCAGGACUAAUGGCUGAUGGAGGCAAUGUAGUUCUACAUGAGAUAGAUGGACUUGUAGUGGUAUUGAAGUUGCAAGGAGCGUGUGGAUCAUGUCCAAGUUCAACCAUGACACUGAAAUUUGGAAUUGAAACUCGCCUGAAAGAUAAGAUUCCAGAAAUCAUGGAAGUAGAGCAGAUUAUGGAUACCGAGACCGGUCUGGAGCUUAAUGAGGAGAAUGUAGAAAAGCUUCUUUCAGAGAUAAGACCAUUCCUUACUGGAACAGGAGGUGGAGUUCUUGAGCUUAUGCAGAUAGAGGACUAUGUCGUUAAAGUUCGACUAACUGGCCCUGCAGCAAAAGUUAUGACAGUUCGCGUGGCUGUAACACAAAAACUGAGAGAGAAAAUACCAUCAAUUGCAGCGGUUCAGCUAAUAGAAUAGUGAAGUAGCAUAUGAGCAUCAAAAUUCUACUGUAAAGCUAAAAGUAUAACUUCUCAUUUCGAGUACAAUUUUUCAGAGCAAAAGUUGAAAUGAUUCUAUACCUCUACUAGGAAAAUAUUGAAAUCUCGCAAGGUGUUUAAUCCCAGUAUUCCAAAAUCCAGAUACAUUGAUCUUCUGCAUGAAUUUUCGCAUGUGCUACAAUGAAAGUUAACCAUA